UGUUGAUUGUUUUAGUGCCGAUUUUAUUUGGUAAAGAAAACUAAAAUAAACCGGAAUGGCUGAAGUUGAUACAGAGCAAGAUAUAUUAGAAGAUUCCUUGAGCAAUAUAUUCGAUCAAGGAAUGAAAUUGUAUACAACUGUAGAAACAGUCAAAGAACCUAUGAAUAGCGACAGUGUUCAGGUAACCAUAAAAACUGCAAUAUCCAAGUUCGAGAAGGCCACGAAUCUAGUGUCACUUUCUGGAAUGUUCAGUAAAAAUGAAAAGUUGGAAGAGCUGCCCACAGAAACAUUAAAGUACAUGCUAUUACCUGCAUUACUUGGCACCCUAACGUUGAAAAUUUGCAGACCGUCCAGAAAAGAUAUCAUCGAAGUAGCGGAAAUAUAUUUCAAAGAUUUUCUUCAAAGAUGCAAAGACUAUGGGGUCACAGACGUGGAGAUCCCACAAUUAAGUGAUAGCAACAGUUCCUCAUCUAGACCACAGAGCCAGCAGGAUAUUAUAACUGCAAUGGUUCAAAGUAGAGAAACUAAAAUAAAACGAUACAAAGAAGCAAAAGAAUUAAAAGAGAAACUCGGUACAUUGUCAAAAGCUAUGUCAUCACCCAUUGUUGAUGACGAAGUUAAAAGAGAGUAUUUUCUGACGAUGUUACAUAGCUACGUCAAUGAGGUCUUGGAUGAACUUAGCAGUAUUGAACGGGAGAAACCUAUACUGGAAAUGAUUAGUUGUUCUGGUGAAGUACCAUCAACAAAAGAAAAGCCUAAAGCCCGUCCGUUGAAGCCAGUGAUAAUAACGAGAGAUGCAGUGCAAAAAGCUGUGUUCGGUAUUGGUUACCCCUCCAUACCUACGAUGACAGUCGAGGAAUUCUACGAUCAGAGGGUGCGAGAAGGAACGUUUCCUGGUACAAGCACAAACAUACCCCACACGACGAUAGAAAGCACGGGAGACGAUGCUGACGAAGCCGAGAAAAUACGGAAGGUGAUAUUAUUGUACUUGUAUACAAACCGGCAAAACAGUGUUUCUUUGUAGCAGAAGCUCAUAGAG